AGACAAUAUGCUGAUACAAUCGAUGUUCUUAUCGUGACACCGAUACCAACGGUAAGUAUUCUGUAUACUGCCUACCAAGUCUUCAUGGCAAUUAGCAGGUCGUCCUUUCAGCUAUUCAAUAUCUGCGUAAGCAAGCUCUACACUCUAAGAGUUCAAUGACGCCUAUUAUCCAUAUAUACACUGAGCCCCUUCAUAUCUAUUGUUAACCCAUAAGAAUGAGACGCUCUCUGAGACCACGAUUGCUAUUUACUCGUACUCAAAAAGGAAAACUUGGAUCGACCAGGAUAAGGCAUAGUUAUACUGGAAAGAGAGUCAAAGGGGAAGUACGCUGACAACUCCAUGCCUGCCUUGUUUAGCAACUAUGAUCAUCUUUGCAUAUGACAAGAAACUGCUGUUCUUCCAAUAUACAGACCACAGUAGCACUACUGGCUGCUUUAUUUCUCAUACAGAACACAAUUGCUUCUAAACAAUUGUCGAUAUUCUUCGAGAUUGCACUUCGGUACGGAAGCGUGGAUGGUUCUGAAUCACAAGUCGACCAACAUCACCUGAGCGAUAUGAAGUUCCCACUCCUCCUCGCUGGUCUCAUUACAGCCUUCUCAGCACCCAGAAACGCACAUACAGCUGCUAUACUCACAUCCCCGGAAGCCUCAUCGACAAUCAAGGCCCUAUACCCGCGUGCCGUUUCACUGUUCUACGUCUCGAGCGGCGACAUUCAGUAUAAUUCCAGCUACGGCCUCAUUUACAAGGGAAUCGGUUCCAUGUCCGACUCAGAUGUCACGACUCUCGUAACAUUCGACGUCCCUGAAAGCUGGGCUGGCAAGAGUUGCAGACUAUACUUUGACCUAGCACCGGAAGACGUCCUUUCUGGUUCCAAUACCGCGGACGUGUUCACGUCCUUGACCAUCGUUGAACAAUCUUCAUCCAACUGGUCCCCCGGUAACCAAAGAAAUGAAUACCUUGGUAGAUUCACGGUUGAUGGGUCGCAUAAGGGGAAAUGGAUCGAUACAGACGAUGGAGAUACUCCUCGGUUCAAGUGCCCUGCGAAUGAGGCCAUAGCUUGGGAACUUGUGGGUGUUAGUGACCGUGUCAAGAUCCGCUGGGCGGCGAAGUCAGGGAAUGGUCCUAGAAUCGAGAUGGUCUAAUUGUGAUGGGCUGGCCAUUUCGCUUGAAACUCCGUCGAGGGCAUUGCAGAAAUCAUUGACGUGUAUAUGCGCACCCGGUGGGAGUCAAUUCAUUGAUGGAGCAGCUUCCUUGUGCUUGAGCGACAGUUGUUGCCUUUCGUGGCGCGGGGAUGGAUAUUACUACGCGCUACAUUGUUUGCUAGGCAAGCGAGAACAGAUC